UUUAACUGUCGGGGAGCUUGCAGAAGAGUCUCGGCGGAUGAGAGCAACUCUGUCUACAUUUGCUUUGAUGAAGACGUACGUCCUCAGUAUAUCUGCGCUGUCCCUCACAUCGUCGACGACACUAUGAAGCGACUGUACUUUAUCGAGCCCGUCGUCGCGAUUUACGCGUUUGCCAGUUUUAUGCUGUAUCCUCUCAUCCAGCAGUAUGUGUAUCGCAGACUGUGGCUGGAGAUCACAAACUCGACCUAUCCAGUGUCCGAAAACACUUCUCAAUGCGCCGCCAACAGCAGCAACCACACCAGCCGACAAGAGGAGGUGCAGAAAGCAGCUUCGCUGUUCUCCAUGUACACUGAUUUAUCCUCCAUGAUCCCCAGCCUCAUCGUGACCCUCCUCCUGGUGUCCUACAGCGAUCAGCGUGGCCGAAAGAUCACCAUUAUCAUGCCUCUCAUUGGCACUCUGAUCUACACGCUUUCAUUCCUCACCGUCUCGUUCUUCCAGCUCAACCUUUACCUCCUUAUUGUUGCCUCAUUCGUAAGUGCCCUCUUUGGGGGCAUCGGCACCAUGUUAGGUGGCUGCUUCUCCUAUGUGGCCGAUUUGUGUGAAGAUGGCAAACAAAAAACCCUUCGGAUGGCUGUAGUCGACAUGAUGAUUGGCAUGCUGGCAGGUGUAGCUUCAAUCUCCACUGGCUACUUCUUACACGCAGCCGGGUUCAACUGGCCGUUUUUUACCUCUGCCAUAUUUCAGGUUGUUAAUUUAUUAUACGCCAUCUUUAUUCUGGAAGAAACUAGAGUCAUUGAUAGAUCGGAGACCUUGGCUUGUUGUCAGGCCUUGCGGAAUCUGGCAUGCAGCAUCUACAGCUUGUUUGCUGGAGGAAGUAGACGAAGAACAUGGGUUCUUGUGCUGUUGAUUAUCACCUUUUCCUCCUUGUCUUUUGUCAAUACUGGAGGUUUGUCCAUAGUCACGCUUUAUGAGCUCAAUGAGCCGCUGUGUUGGACUGAGAUUCUUGUCGGAUAUGGCUCUGCUGCCGGCACAUCUAUUUUUAUUACAAGUUUUGUUGGCGUGUUUUUGUUUUCUCUCUGCCUGCCUAACAUCGCCAUCGCCUUCAUUGGGAUGCUUUCAGUCGCUGUUAGCAUGUUGAUGACCGGCUUCGCCAAGACCACGCUCACAAUGUUCCUCGUGAGAAUUCCUGCUAUGUUUGCCAUCAUGCCAUUCCCUGUCCUGCGUUCGAUGAUGUCAAAGGUCGUCUCAAAGUCUGAACAGGGAGCGCUGUUCGCCUGUGUGGCCUUCACAGAAACGCUGAGCACCAAUGGGUCUGCUGCCAGUUUUAGCAGGAUCUAUGCAGCCACUGUGGCUUGGUGUCCAGGUUUUGUCUUCCUACUGGGUGCCGGACUCUGUCUCAUUCCCAUGAGUUUACUGGGAAUCCUUAAGUGUGUCCAUCCAUUGGAUCCUAAUGACACUCAAGCACUCUUAUCUGAAGAUGGGACUGAAGCAUCAGAUGACCCACCUGUAGCGUAAAAUCAAAGGGAGUACAAGUACCUUCAUCGUUUCUCUGUGUGUUCUUUCCUCAUACCAGGAUAAACUCAGAGCUGAAAACAACUGUGGGUACUCUGUUCAAGCCAAUUUCAACUAUUUGUAGUAUUUUUCAGUCACUGAAAUAUGUUUUUGCUGAAGCUUGUGCUAAUUGUGGUUGUAGAGUGAACCACAACAGAAGGGAAUAUAUAUAUAUAUAUAAUAGGAAUUAUUAUUAUUAUUAUUAUUAUUAUUAUUAUUAUUAAUAUUAUAAUAUAGAGUGAUGUUAUUAAUUUCAGCAAAAACAAAAUUUAUAUUUCCUAAUGGAAAUAGCAGUAGUCUGCAAGGCAGCAGGAAAAUUGGGUAAUAUUUUUGAAUCUUUUAGCAUUAUAAACAUAACAUUUAUGAACAAAAAAAUUUAAGUUCAUUUUUUGUUUUAUGAAGAAUUGUAUUUUGUCAUGCCUUUUACAUUAGGCAAAUGUAGGGGUUCAAAGAAGAGAUGGUACUAGGUCAGUCACAGUAAUCAAUAUAUGGAAUUAUCAUGCAAUACUUGGAAAUGACCUCAGUUAUAUUUGUCAUUCCAAUAUAUAUUUACAAAUUUACAAGUUUGAUGCAUUUAAACGUUAAAGCCAUUUUACAAUUACAUUCAAGCAAAAGCAAACAUUUACAUACUACCUUACUGGUGUCAAAGGUUAGAAAUGGAUAUUUAACUAAUAAGGCAUUUAACAGUACAUUCAUUUUCUUUUCGGCUUAGUCCCAUUAUUAAUCUGGGGUUGCCACAGCGGAAUGAACCGCCAACUUAUGCAGCAUAUGUUUUAAAUCAGUGUAAACCCUUCCAGUUGUAACUCAUCACUAUGAAACACCCAUGUAUACACUACGGAUGAUUUAGCUCACCCAAUUCACCACAUGUUUUUGGACUUGUGGAGGAAACCGGAGCACCCGGAGGAAACCUAUGCCAACACGGGGAGAACAAGCAAACUCCACACACAAAUACCAACUGACCCAGCUGGGGCUCGAACCAGCGACCUUCUUGCUGUGAGGCGAUUGUGCUAACCACUGCACCACCGUGCUGCCUUUAAUAGUAUAUCUAAUCUGACAUUUACGUUUUUAACCUCGAUUCUUAAUAACAUUAAGAAUGAUAAAUAUAGGGUGACACGGUGGCUCAGUGGUUAGCAAAGUUGCCUCUCAGCAAGAAGGUUGCUGGGCCAGUUGACAUUUCUUUGUGAAGUUUGCAUGUUCUCCCUGU